AAUCUCCAGGUGCUGGUGGCAUAAGAUUUCAGCUGCCAAAACGUAAAAACUUUAACAGCAGCAAUAAUUCUGUGGAAAAUCCUCUAAAGCCGCCUGUCAGCAAAUUUUCUCGCUCAACUGCACCGAUACAGUCAGCGCAGAACUCCUCAGAUAGCAUGGCGGACACAAAGAGCAAUUCAGUAAAUAGUAAUAGAAGUGAACCAGACCGAGGAAGUGGGUCUACAGAUGCUGCUGGAGAAUGGCCGCAAGCUUUAAAGGAUUAUGUUCAGAGAGCAUUUGCUGCUGUCAGUGAAAAUGAGAAAGAUCAGGUUGAGCUGAUACUGAAGGAUAAACUGACAAAAAUAUUUAACUCCCCUGGAGGUGCAGGUUCUGUCAACUGGGAAACAGAGCCAUUGCCAACUGAGGGGAUACACAUAGGAGGUAGUGACACAAAGAAUGUCUCCUCAUUUGGUCGUGGAGGCCGUAAUAUGAGAUUCCAGCUGCGAGGUAGAGGUAAUCUGGGUGCCAGGCCUGUAAGUACACCACAGAGACCCUUAUAUUCUAGGGACAGAGUUCCUACCUACAGAAGAUCAAGGAGUCGGUCUUUCUCCAGCUCUUCGCGUUCCUGGUCCAGGUCGCGAUCCAGGUCACGGUCAAGAUCAAGGUCACGUUCUGUCUCACCUGAUAAACGAAAGAGACGAUUUCGCCGCACCAGUGAUAGCCGAAGUCCUUCCACUGAAUCAAGUAGAUCCAGUCCGGUCAGGGGCAAAUUUGGGCGGAACAGAGGCAGGGGAUUUAAAACCAUUAGAGGACGAGACAGAGGUGGUAAAAUUACGGCCAAAAUGGAGGGAGAGACAUUGUCUCUCAGCACAAACAAAAAAGGCCAAAAGAAAAACCAACAGAAUAAAGGACUGUCUGGUUUUACACUGGAUGAUGAUGAUCCUAUGAAAAAAGUUCGCAUGGAACUAAGAGCAGCACGUUUUGCUGGCCAGCUGCAGAAGCCUAGGCAGAGAAUAUCUAUAACCAUCAAUGAUUCGGUCUAUUCUAAUUCCAGAGAGGAUGAAAUUGAUUUAGAAGAGUUCACAGUUGUUGGUACUUGCCAUGAUCUAGAAAAACCUUAUUUGCGUCUGACUGGGGCGCCAGACCCAAAGCAGAUACGACCCUUGGCAAUACUUAAAAAAUCACUGGCCAGUGUACAGCAGAAAUGGCAGACUAAUCUUGAUUAUCGUUAUGCCUGUGAACAGCUCAAGUCAAUUAGGCAGGACCUCACAGUUCAGGGCAUCAGGGAUAACUUCACAGUUCGAGUGUAUGAGACACAUGCAAGAAUAGCCAUGGAGAAGGGAGACCACGAGGAGUUCAAUCAGUGCCAGACCCAGCUGAAGCUUUUAUACCACGAAGGACUCAAGGGCAACCAGCUAGAGUUCAAAGCAUACAGACUUCUAUAUUAUAUCUAUACAUCAAAUACUUUAGAUCUAACAACUGCGCUGGCAUCGUUGUCCCCAGAAUACAGGAAGGACGAUUGUAUCAGGCAUGCACUUGAAGUCCGAAUAGCUUGGGCUUUAAAUAAUUACCACAGGUUUUUUAAAUUGUACCAAAGUUUCAUCGAUCGUGUGCGCAAGAGUGCGCUGAAACUCAUUAUAAAAGCGUACCGACCCACCCUGCCCGUAGAGUUCUUCCAGAAGGAGCUGGCGUUCGCCGACAGGACUAAAUGUGUGGAAUUCUUGCAAGAAAAGGGGGUGACAAUUAUUGACAAUUCCAGCGUGGACUGUAAAGCCAAUAUGGCAGUUAUUCAAGCAUUGUAG